CCACUUGCUCUGGCUCAGGGCACCUCUGCCCACAACUCAUGUUGGCUGCCACUGCAGAUGACACACCCUAUGUGCGGCAACUCCCCCCCCCCGCCCCUCCUUAUCCCAGAGCGGUCUCCUCCUUUGGCCCACUAUCCACCCACCCCUCCUCUUAGAGCAGGGAGCAGAGUCCCAUGGUCACAGAGGGCAGCAGCCUGAGCACAUGUGACUUUUCUAGAUCUCCGAGGGGGAAAAGGACCAGAUUUCUCGGGCGGGGGGGCUAAAAAGACCUGACGUGAAACAUAGAUGUUAAUUUGCAGCCUGCCAGGCCUGAAGGGGGAUGGGGGAGGUGGCUGAAGGGGCUUUAGCUUUAGGACAUUUCACACUCUCACUUUCCCCCGCCCCCUUUCCCUGCAAACAGAUGCUCGAGCCCAGGCUUUGGUCCGCGCUGCUGCAGCCCGAGCCCGUAUCCAGGGCACAGGAAAUGGCUGGUUCAGCUGAGCGCGGUUGUAUCCGGUGCUGGCAGAGGCGAGAGUUUACGGCUCCCAGAUGCUGCCACAAUCCCAGCGAGAGCAGCAGCGCGCGGCUCCUGACUGCAGGUGAUGGGACGGUGGGUGAGAACCAGGAAGAGAAUCCACAGCAGGAAGGUCCUGAGCAAGUGGAACCAUGUGGGAGAGUAUCAGGAAGAUCCAAAGGGGAUGUUUCCUUGAGUCCUGAGCAAGAAGAAGGCCGUGAGACUCAGCGCAGGUCAGAGAGGCAGAAGAGCAACCAGCAAAGGAAGAGACAGGAUGAAUCCACUUGCCAAGGGAGAAGUUUGGAGGAUCCUAGUGAAAUUAUGGUCCAACCACGAGUCCAUAUGAAAGAGAAACUGUAUAACUGCCCAGAGUGUGGGAAAAGCUUUGCUCAGAUAUCAAACCUCCUGGUUCAUCAGAGAAUCCACACCAGGGAGAGACCCUAUAAAUGCCCUGACUGUGGGGAAAGCUUCACACUGAACUCAGACAUUAUUUCCCAUCGCUCAGUCCACACAGGAGACAGGCCCUAUAGCUGCCUUGAGUGUGGAAAAUGUUUUGCUAACUUCUCAUCCCUUAUUUCACAUAGACGAAUCCACACAGGGGAGAGACCCUAUACGUGUCCCGACUGCGGGAAGAGCUUCAAGCGGAGCUCAGACCUUAGUAAACAUCGAAGACUCCACACAGGAGAGACGCCCUAUAAAUGCCCUGAGUGCGGGAAAAGCUUCACUCAGAGCUCAAACCUGGUUUCACACCAGAGAAUCCACACAGGAGAGACACCCUAUAAAUGCCCCGAAUGCGGAAAAAGCUUCAAACAAAGAUUCAGCCUCAUCGUACAUCAGAGAAUCCACAUCGGAGAGAGAUCCUAUAAAUGCCCCGACUGUGGGAAAAGGUUUAGUAACAGCUCCCAACUUAUUAGACAUCGACGAAUCCACACAGGAGAGAAGCCGUAUAACUGCUCUGAAUGUGGGAAAAGCUUCAGUCAGAGCUGGGGAGUCCUUAGACAUCAGAGAAUCCAUUCAGCAGAGACACCCUAUAAAUGUUCUGUCUGUGGGAAAAGCUACAAGGGGAAGGAUUCGCUGAAGUCCCACCAGAAAGUGCACACACUCCCAUCCGCUGCUGCUCCCCCAGCUGGUCUGUGCGGGGAGAGCCCAGCCGGGGACUUUCUGCGGGGGCUGGACCCAGCCCUUGAGCCUGCAGGUUUUCCAAUUCCCAAGCCUGACAUGAUCUCCUGGAGGAAAUGGAGAAAAGAGCUGUGGGUCCCAGACUCUCAGAACUCUGAGGAAAGUGUGACCCUGAGGAACACCCUCACAGGGAAUGACUCCUGUCUGGAUUCUCUCUUUUGCCCAGCAGGUGAUGGGAUGAUGAGUAAGAUUAAGGAGGAGAAUCUUGAGCGGGAAGGUCCUGAGGAAGUGGAACCACAUGGGACAGUAUUGGGAAGAUCCAAAGGAAAUGUUUCCCAGAGACCCAAGCAUGGUGAAGCCUGUGGGAGUCGGUUCAAGUCAGAAAGGCAGAAGGGAAACCAGUCAAGGAAGAGAUGGACUGAAUCCACUCAUCCAGGAGAAGGUUUGGAGGAUCCUGAAGAGAGCAUGAUCCAGCCGAAGAUCUACACUAAAAAGAAAUCGUAUAACUGCCCCGAAUGUGGGAAAAGCUUCACUCAGACAUCAAAUCUUAUUAUACAUGAGAGAAUCCACACAGGGCAGAGACCCUAUAAAUGCCUUGAGUGUGGGAAAAGCUUCAGGCAAAGAUCAGACCUCAGUAAACAUCAGCGAAUCCACACUGGAGAGACCCCUUACAAAUGCCCCGACUGUGGGAAAAGCUUUAAGCAAAGAUUCAGCCUCAUCGUACAUCACCGAAGUCACACUGGAGAGACCCCUUAUAAAUGCAAUGACUGCGGGAAAGGCUUUACCCAGAGCACCAACCUGGUUUCACACCAGAGGAUCCACACGGGAGAGACACCCUAUAAAUGCACCGACUGCGGGAAAAGCUUCAAGCAAAGAUUCAGCCUCAUCGUACACCAGAGAAACCACACUGGAGAGAGAGCCUAUAAAUGCGCUGACUGCGGGAAAAGCUUCAAGCAGAGCUCGGAGCUCAUUUCACACCAGAGAAUCCAUGUCGGAGAGAGGCCCUUCAAAUGCACGGAGUGUGGGAAAAACUUCAGUCAGAGCUCGGGCCUGAUUAGACAUCGGAGAACCCACACAGGAGAGAAACCCUACAAGUGCAUCGAUUGUGGGAAAGGCUUCAGUCAGAGCUCGGGACUUAUUAGGCAUCGGAGAACCCACACGGGGCAGAAACCCUAUGACUGCCUUGAGUGCGGGAAAAGCUUCACUCAGAGCUCAGCCCUUAUCGUACAUCAGAGAGUCCACACAGGAGAGGCACCCUAUCGAUGUUCUGUCUGUGGGAAAAGCUACAAGGUGAAGGACUCCCUCAUUUCCCACCAGAAACUCCACACAGGAUAGGAAGCAAAGGAAGCACUCACAGCUGGGCAAUGGCUCUGUGCCCUCCUGAAGCAAAGUGUAAAUGUGCUUCGUUUAAGAAUAGUCUUGGGAGAGGAGCAAGGGGGGUGGAGCAUGGACACCAACGCCAUAGAUCCUCCAGGGCUGGAGCACCCACAGAAAAAAAAUAGGGCUGCCAGUGGGUGCUAAGUACCCACUAUGGG